CUUCCUCGCCUCAAUGGCUAUAGGCUGAUUACAGGAAAGGAUUUUGGUCAAAUGUAAAACCGCAUAUCAUUUUCAAAAUAGUAGCAAUGGCAUUUACAAGGGUAACUGACAACCGCUUAAACUUUCGGAGCACUCACUCACGUCAUACCUUUAUUACCUAACUACGAACUCAAGCUUACAACGUCUUAGGAUUCCAUCAUCCAGGUACGAAGCACCGAAAGAGGAAAAAAAUUAAGAAGGGAGAGUACUUAGGAUUUAGCAUAGUGCCAAGAAAGAAUCGUCUAAGAUAUUGGUAAUGGAGCGUGCCGUUAUGAUGCCAUAGGAAAGAAGGGCUUUUUUUUAACCAAUGCCGAAGAAUUUCGGGUUCUUCUUUUCCCACGGCUGGCGUCAGCUAAAGUCUUCUUUCCCUUCUUAGUUUUCAGUUUCCUUCUUCUCUUCGCCAUGUGGGGAGGCGGACAAAGGGACAAAGUAUGCAUUACUACCAACAACGGCAAUAUCUCAAAAACUGGAGACUCAAAGAUGGAGCCGGCGUCCCCUGCAGCACAUAAUAAGAGUGAAUCGGGCUGGAAGUGGGAGACAGAGUGUGACGGUGAAGUUACAUUUUACGCAAGCGGCGGUGGCCAUUGCUAUCUGUUUAUACGAACAGAAGCACAAUGGCCAGCUGCGAGCUUUCAGAAGUGCUUACCGGCGCAGAAUGAGUACGAAUGUGUGGAAGAAAAGACGGCUGCAGCUUACUGGUACCGUGCUCUGCACUACAAGUGGGCCUUCGGGGAUCCAGGAAGCAGGGGGGGUGCAAAUAUCGCCGCAACCCUUGGCGCGAGGCGUGAGAUUGAUGCAUGGGCCCCAGAUGAGCCGUCCCAAAGUGUUAAGCUUAUAUGCAGCUACGCGGUAUGCAUCCCGGGGUGGCACGAAGCUUCUUUGCUUCGUUUUCGUGUGCGUCCCAAAGAGGAAAUGACCGAGUUGAAAGACUCACACUCGGUCUCGGUCUCGGGAGCCUGGGAAAUGAGGGCAGCGAUUACGAAACGACGACGUACUUGCACAGGUGGACGAGGCUGCGUCGCGUCCGAGCUUUCGGAGACAGAAGGAAAAAGAAGAGGAAAAGAGGGCGAGGAGGACAAGACGCAGCCGGAGUGCAGCUGGAACAACAUAACAGCCUGUGACUCGGACGGCCAAAUCUGCUGA